GUAUUUUAUAACUUUUAUUGGUUUAAUUGGAUGUCAAUUUGGAUUAUUGAUUCAUAAGUUGGUACAUGAAAAUGCCAGCCCGUAAUUACAAGCGCCGGAAAAUGAACUGAGACGCAUCGGGUGGCUGUGAUCAUGCGCAAUGGCGGGAGGCGGAGCCAUGGACUGCUAUGUGCCGAACAACCCGCAGUUCGGGCUGGCCGACUGCUGUCAGGGCUGCCACGGCCUCUGCUGCGACCCGCUGCAGCCGUGCCUCCAGUUGAGGGAGUUCCAGGACGAGGGGUGCUGUCAGCAAGAAAACGAGAACUGCUGUCCAGAAAAUGGAGAAGAACUAAAUGCACUGGGCGACUCGAUCGCUCCGUGCGACGUCAAUCUCGGAGACGGAGAUGUGAGCGGCGCGGACGCUGGGUGGGCCGAAGACAUGGGAUCCUUCUCACUACCGCCACUGGAGCUCGACCCCUUACCCUCACUAUUCCCGUUCUCACCCUGUUCUGGAUACAACAGGAACAAUCCGGGUGAAUGCCGGGAGAGGGGCGGGGGGGAGGCGGCGGACGUCCUCCUUUCUCUCAAGCACGCCGUUGUCCAUGGCGACUGCGCUGAGACGGUCCACCCUCAGAUGAUGGUGAACACCGGCGGUGGAUACCCGUACUAUGAGCAUUACGGUGGCACCCCCAUCUUCCCGACCAUGAGCGUCAACGUAUCCAUGAACAUGACCAUGCAUGGAUGCCCGCCAGAUCAGCUGUGUUCUCAGGUACAAUGGAACCAAAACGCAGCGACACCAUCAGUGAACGUAGUCUACCCUCAAACACAAAAUGUCAUCAGUCCAAACACGUACCCUUCAGCCACUUACUCAUUCACAGCUGACUUCAGAGCUCCAAACCAAUCAGAUCCAUUAAUAACCGCGACGUCCACCUUCAAACCAUUAUUGCAAAACUCCCAGAAGUCCAACAAUAAUUAUGCACUGUUCCAACAAAAGCCGAACUAUCAAUGUCAGAAGCCACCUGGACAAAUUAUGAAGAGGUCCCCAUCGAAAUUGUAUAUGCAAGAUGGUCAGAAAGACCAGAAUAUGGGCGGUGGCUAUACUAUAUUGAAUCAAGGACAGAUGUAUCCUCAGGAGCAUGGAUACACGACGUGCGUGAAUGCUUCAGGUAAAGUCCAGGUAGGAGCUCUAAGCGGAUGCUCAGAAGACGACGAGCAGAAGCCAAACUUGUGUCGUAUAUGUGGUAAGACGUACGCUCGACCCAGCACUUUGAAGACCCACCUUCGGACGCACUCUGGUGAACGGCCGUAUAGGUGUGGAGACUGCAACAAGAGUUUCUCUCAAGCCGCCAAUUUAACCGCUCAUGUCAGGACUCACACGGGGCAGAAACCCUUCAGGUGUCCAAUAUGUGAUCGACGCUUUAGCCAAAGCUCCAGCGUGACUACGCAUAUGAGGACGCACUCUGGAGAACGACCUUACCAAUGCAGAUCGUGCAAAAAAGCGUUUUCUGAUAGUUCAACGUUGACCAAACACCUCAGGAUACAUUCUGGGGAGAAGCCGUACCAGUGUAAGCUAUGUUUAUUAAGGUUUUCGCAAUCGGGCAACUUGAACCGACACAUGCGAGUUCACGGGAACAUGGCCGGCGGCAUGCUUGGCUGACACAUGCAGAGUUGCGGACUGCAUUCAUACUACAUGUAAAAAUACACAAGCUAUCGAUAUAUCGGUGGCUAAGCCGUUACGAGUACCACUUUGUUAAAGAAUAAAUCAGUGCUGUAGUUAAAAGAAAAGAGACCGAAAUAUGAAUAUAAAAUAAUCAAGAAACUGCUACAACUUAUAAGUAACAAGAAAACGGAUACAUUUCGUGCUGUAGCAAUUAAAGCGCCAUUUAGGAUCAACCGUUACCAGUACCACUUUUUUAAAGAAUAAAGAAAUCAGUGCUGUAGUUGAAAGAAAAGAGACCGAAAUAUGAAUAUAAAAUAAUCAAGAAACUGCUACAACUUAUAAGUAACAAGAAAACGGAUGCAUUUCGCGCUGUAGCAAUUAGAGCGCCAUUUAGGGUCAACUAUACUUUAUAUACUAAAUUUACAAAAGAAGAUUAAACAAGUUGCCAGUACACGACUGUAAAAAUACACAAGCUAUUGAUAUCAAUACCAGUACCGUUUUGUUAAAGAAACCAAUGCGAUAGUUGAAUUAAGAGAGAUGGAAAACUUCAGUCAAUAGCUGCUUCUACAUGAUUGUAAAAAAAGUCAAGCUAUUGAUAUACCAGUGGCUAAGCCGUUACCAGUACCAUUUUGUUAAAUUAACCAGUGCUAUAGUUGAACUUAGAGAGACGGAAAACUUCAGUCAAUAGAAGCCUCUACGCGACUGUAAGAAUAAUCAAGCUAUUGAUAUAUCUGUGGCUAAACCGUUACCAGCACCAUUUUGUUAAAUUAACCAGUGCUAUAGUUUUUUUUUUUUUAGGGUUGAUAAUGGAAUGGUGCACCCGCCCGCGCUAACGGUUUACGCUGGCGGGGCACCAGUGGAGGAUGAUAAAAUGAGCAUGAGGUCAGGUCAGUUAGCCCGUAGUGCAAAUUCACCAGGAAUUUAACACGAUGGUUUCCAGGGGGAACCGCGUGGAGGUCGACCUGACAUGGUACAUUGCUAGCAAUAGGGUUAUCAAUCCACAUUACUAACAAUCCCCUUCCCCCUCAGUGCUAUAGUUGAACUUAGAGAGACGGAAAACUUCAGUCAAUAGAUGCCUCUACGCGACUGUAAGAAUAAUCAAGCUAUUGAUAUAUCAGUGGCUAAGUCGUUACCAACACCAUUUUGUUAAAUUAACCAGUGCUAUAGUUGAACUUAGAGAGACGGAAAACUUCAGUCAAUAGAUGCCUCUACGCGACUGUAAGAAUAUUCAAGCCAUUGAUAUAUCAAUGGCUAUGCCAUUAUCUACUGGUAUUGGCAAAUUUCAACAAAAAAUGGUACUUCAUUUUGUUAAAGAAACCAGUGCUAUAGUUAAACUAAGAGAGACAGAAAUCUUCAGUCAAUAGCUGCUUCUACACGAUUGUAAAAAUAGUCAAGCUAUUGACAUAUCAGCUAGACCAUUACCAGUAUCAUUUUGUUAAAGAAACCAGGGCUGGGAAUUGAGUUUUGAAAUAAGUAAUAAUAUUAUAAAACAUCGAAUUAAUUUGUUUACCGUGCGGAAUUAAUAGUAAUUGUAGUUUGACUACGUAUACAUAUAGGGAGUCACACGUACUUUUACUUUA